CAUGUUGUGGUCACUUUGUUACAGAAUUACAAAGUAUGCGCACUGAAGUGUUGGAUUAAAAUAAAAAGGUGAUUUUGCCUAGCCAAAAUAACAGCAUCCGCACGAUUGAUUUUGCUACAAAAAUGUUUUAAAUUUGCCAAUAACAUUUGCCCACACUGUAGCCUUCAAGCUAUAUAUCUGCAAAACAUUUCUUUUUGGGUUAAGAUAUCAACACUUUUUUCUCCCACUAGCUAGAGUACUUAAGACCUGCUCUUGCAUUACAUAAACACUUUGGAUCAAGAUGCAGAGAACUUUCAUUUCAAUACAAAAAAAUGAAUCAAUAUUGCAGUAAAAAAAAACGACGUAAUGAGUAAACAUUUAGUUCAGGUGUGUUUCUGCGUCCCCAUAUAAAGUAACACCUUAAAGUGGUCACUUUCUUAUUGGAGUGACUCAUCUUCGCGGCGCUAAAGCAUCAGGUCCGGGUUAGGCCCCGCCCCCUGCCUCCCACCUGUUCAGCAGUUAAACCACUUCCAGCUACCUCGUGGACGGGUCAAGAUGAGUCUACCGGACUGCAAAUCAUUGGAGAAGCCGUCUUUACCCGCAGACCCACACUCUCCCAUCGUGCAGUUGAACGUGGGGGGCCAUAUGUUCAGCACCUCUGUGAGCACGCUCAGGAAACACCCCGAGUCCAAGCUGGCUGAGCUGCUCAGCAGACCGCCAAGAGCCCGAGGCGACGCGCAAGGCCGCUACUUCAUUGACCGCGACGGCGCCCACUUCGGGGCCGUCCUCGAGUACCUGAGGUCGGACCGGCUGCCCACAGAGAACAUCCAGGAGGUUCACAGGGAGGCCGUGUACUACAACAUCAAACCGCUGAUCAAACUCUUAGAGGAAACUCCGCAGCUGUUCGGGGAGCUGGUGGGGAGGCAGCAAUUCCUCUCCAGAGUGCCGCACUACAAAGAAAACAUUGAGGUGCUGAUUCGCAUCGCCAGAGCCGAAGCCAUCGCCGCCCGCCACUCCACCAUCAUGAUCUGUGUGCUCCGGACCGAGGAAGACCUGGGUUUCUAUGACAACGCAAUCAGCAGCCUGGAGGCGGACAAGGAAUCUGUGGUGACGUUCGGACCCUGGAAGGCAGCGCUGUCCGCCAAUGACCUGCUGGACUGCGUGAAGAUGGACAUUGAGAGUCAGGGCUACAGGGUGAGCGUCCAGCCUCACGCGGUGGAGAAGAGCUUCCUGUCCCGGAGCUACGGCUUCUUCCACAAACUCUCGUUCACCUGGUGGUAAAUAUACCGUUUCUGACAAAAAACAGACCACCUUUAGAAAUGUGCUCUGAGUCGUUCCUUAAAAACAAGUUGAUGCACUUUGAUGCAUUUGUGUAGUGAAACUGGACUUUAUUUGGCACACUUUUUAGACACUAGAGGUCAGUAAAGUAUGUCAAAGGUUGUGUUGUUUACAUUUAGAGACCUUUGUCUUAUGCUAUGUCACAUGUUGGUGGUGCUUGGAGAUAUGGAUAACGUCCCAUAUCUGUGUAAUACUGCUACAUUUAAAUA